AGGCUUAGGGUUUCGAUGUGGAGGCACUCAUCCUAAUGGGCGCCCAUUAAAGGCGUCCUCUUUCGUCUCCAUUCCACUUGACUAGCCCAAAUAAGAAAAUAGUUCACCUACGCGUCAGCAGCGUACCUCCGGACUACCUAUUACAUGAUUAAAGAAGCUGAUGGGGACCACUCAUAUGCCGUCGCAUUCUCAGAUAUAAGAUGCCACGUCACGCUUCGUAACUCGCCCCGGGUUAUAACCAGUCACGUGUUUCUUUGUCCGAGCCGAGAGCGGUCUAUAACUCACCUUCGUUCUCCAAAAGAGGAGGAUGUCAACCGUUGGAUCUCUUCUCCAAACGCCCUUUGCGGGAAGUGGGAACCGUUUCUUUCUUCCGCCGUUCCUCUCUUCUCUCUCUCUCUCUGUUUCUCUGUUUUCUUCAAGCCAUUUCUUCUCGCUGCAUUUGAAGUCGCAUGUACGCUUCUUCCCUUUUCCCUAUCUAUUAAUGGCAGCAAUUACAGCUCUCCGUACACGAAAGGAAAGAAGAAAGCAAUUAGAAUUCCUCAUACUCCGCAUUGCAUGUUUGUCUGUACUAAUUUAAAUCAUUUCUUUCUUUUCUUUUCUUAUGUAAUCUUUACUUUUAUUUUAAUGAAUUUUUUGAUAAGUUUCUUCCUCAGAGAAGGUAUUUGUACACUGCCAUCAGACAAAGCUUCUGUGUUGGUCUCUCAGAGAUUAAUUUCUGUUGACCUCUUACCAUAAUUCACUACUGCAUCCCUGUAAAACAUGAAUAAGAAAUCAGUAAUGUUCUGGAUCAGGUUUUGGUGUUCUACAUGAGGAAGUAGAUGGAUGAUUACUUCCGGUGAUGGGAUCUGUUAUCAGUAAAGCUGCAAAUGGUGUUGGAACUGCACUUGGGAAUGCUUUUGUUGCUCCAGUUAAGACCAUAUUUGGUGCUUCAUGCGAGGGUAUUUGCUCAGGAACAUGGGACAUUACCUGCUUUAUUGAGCAUUUGUGCAUCUCCAAUCUUUUGAGGCUGUUGAUGGUAUCUGUGCUGGCUUAUAUAACUUUGCUCUUAAUCUACCUGCUAUUUAAAGUGGGAAUACUCCAAUGUGCAUGCAGAAGUAUCUGUAAGAUGUCAUGGGCAGCAUGUAAGACAUAUUGGACCGCACUCAAAGAGAUUACCUGUUUUCUGUGGCACAAGCUGAAGAACACCAAACGUACGUAUCGUCGUCGAUUCGAAAACGUGGAAGAAGGAUACAGUUCAAGCGAGUAUGAUUCCUCAUCAGAGGAUUACUUGGAUCAUCACAGAGGUGUUAGGAGGAGAUCAGUGAGAGAGAGGAGGAAGGAACACAUACUGAGGUCUCUGUAUCCCACGAGGCAGAGCUCGAAAGGGAGAGGAUAUGCGAGGGGUAGUCGUCGCCAUGUGAGAUUGAAGACGAGGGAGGUCUCUGUGCAUGUGAAACCAGGAAGGAGUAGGAACUCCAGUUUGCUCCAGCUUACCGGCAGAGCACACAAAAGCAGGAGGCGACUCAUCAGGAAACCAAGAAUCUGGUGAUCUUUCAAGAAAAAUAGAACAAAAAUGUCUUGCAAUUUUGCUGCAGCAUUCUAAAAAUGUCUUGCGAUUUCAAACAUU